AUACAUAUCGCCAUCGAAUGUCUAUCAGCUGUUUCGAAACGUGCAAACAACAGAUUGAAUUAACUGCGAUGGAAUAUAACGUUUUGGAGCUAUUUAGUGGCAUAGGAGGCAUGCACUUUGCGUUUAAAUAUGCACAACUAAAGGGAGAAGUGGUCGCCGCAAUGGAUGUCAACACUGUUGCAAAUGCAGUUUACGCACAUAAUUAUAAAACAACAAAUGUAAAAACGAGAAAUAUACAGAGCAUAAGUGAAAAGGAAGUACGCAAGCUAAAUGCCAACAUGCUACUAAUGUCGCCACCUUGUCAGCCGCACACGCGACAAGGCUUGCAGCGAGAUACAGAAGAUAAACGUUCCUGUGCCUUGACGCAUCUCUGUGAACUUAUACCGCAAUGUGAAACACUUAAAUAUGUGCUUAUGGAAAAUGUCAAGGGCUUUGAGACAUCUCAAGCACGAAAACAGUUUAUAGAAGCCCUCGAGAAUGCAAACUUUAACUGGCGGGAGUUUAUACUAACGCCCUCACAGUUUAAUGUACCAAACACACGCCAUCGUUACUAUUGCAUUGCACGCAGAGACAAGGAUUUCGACUUUGAAGCUGGCAAAAUCUGGGAUCAUAUGCCAGGCGUAAGUUCGAGUUGUGCUCUGGAGACAAUGUGUACGAUAUCCAGCAUUCUUGAGCCUAACGUCCCAAGUGAAGCCCUUGUACCUGAUGAUGUGCUAACUAAACGUGUGCUAGUUAUGGACAUUGUGCAUCCAGAGCAAAGCAAAUCAAUGUGUUUUACCAAGGGCUACACUCACUAUACAGAAGGUACGGGCUCAGCAUUUUCUCCGCUAAGUAAGCAGCAAGCACACAAUAUAUUCGAAGUCGUUAGAGAACUUGACAAGGAUGAUGAAGCUGUUCGAGUACAACGACUUGAGCUGUUACGGCAAAUAAAAUUACGCUAUUUUACGGCACGGGAAGUGGCGCGGCUAAUGAGUUUUCCAGAAUUUGAAUUUCCCGCCGAGACGACAAAUCGGCAAAAGUAUCGUUUACUUGGCAAUAGUAUUAAUGUGCGUGUGGUAGGCGAGUUGCUCAAAUUGCUAACAACAACUUAA